AGAGAGGGUGACGUCAUUUCCUUAUUCAGGAAAAAGAACGCCAGUCAGAGAAUUUUCGCUGUAGCUCUUGAAGUCUUGUUAUUUUGUGACAUUAACGUUUAAAUCCUGUAGUAAUUUGACUUAAGCUAACACAUCGACAUUAAAGUUUUUAAUUCAGAAAGCUAACGAAAGAGACUAUCGUCGUAGCCAACAGUUUUGUACGUAGCUCUGCUUUUUAAACCUGUCCUUGCGCAAACAUUAUUCACCAUCAAGCCCAACAUCUGACUGUCAUGGAUCAAAUAUCGAUCACUGCAGAAGUACCAAAGAGUCCAUGGGGUGCCACCACAACCAAGGUGGUGUGUCCCUGCUCCUUCACUGAUGUCAUGAGCGAGCAGCUAGCCAAGCAACUGGAUGAUGAAAGUCAAUCUUUCCCUGAUUUCUCAAGUGUCAGCGCUGCUCUGGAUGCCGGUGAGGAGCGAGAGACAGACAGUGAUCUGAUGCUGGCUCAGAUGCUGCAGAUGCAGUUUGACAAGGAGUUUGACACCCAGCUACGCACAGAAGAAAGAAAGUUCAAUGGCGAUAGCAAACUAUCCAUCUCCUUUGAGAACUAUCGCAUGGUGCACCCUUACGAGGCCAGCGGCAGCUCCGAGGAUGAAGUUGAUUGGCAAGAUAGUUGUGACGACCCCUACAAAGCUGACAAACCCACGAUAACUCCAAAGAGAGGCUUUACUGGGAAAGGAAAGAACAUCACUACUAAGCACGAUGAGGUUGUGUGUGGCAGGAAGAAUACUGCACGCAUGGACAAUUUUGCCCCAGAGAUCAAUGUGGGAGAUGGGCUUGGCAUGGACUUGAAGCUCUCCAACCAGGUGUACAACUCCCUCAAGCAACACUGCUACUCCGAGCAGCGUCGCAGUGCACGGCUGCAUGAGAAGAAGGAGCACUCCACUGCUGAACAAGCAGUGGACCCAAGGACCCGUCUGCUCAUGUACAAAAUGGUGAACGCAGGCAUUCUGGAGAACAUCAACGGCUGCAUCAGCACUGGAAAGGAGUCUGUGGUGUUCCACGCAAAUGGGGGAAGCAUGGAGAAUAAUGCUGUCCCAGAUGAGUGUGUGCUCAAGGUCUUCAAGACCACACUCAACGAGUUCAAGAACCGUGACAAGUACAUCAAGGAUGACUACCGCUUCAUAGACCGCUUCAGCAAGCUGAACCCCCGCACGAUCAUCCGCCUGUGGGCUGAGAAGGAGAUGCACAACCUGGCUCGUAUGAAGAAAGCUGGCAUCCCAUGCCCCGAGGUGGUGGUUCUGAAGAAGCACAUCCUCGUGAUGUCGUUCAUUGGCAAGGACCAUGUGCCGGCUCCCAAACUGAAGGAGGCCAUGUUGGGCUCUGAGGACAUGAAGAGGGCCUAUUACCAAGUGGUUCAUAUGAUGCAACAGUUGUAUCAGGAGUGUAACCUCGUCCACGCUGACCUGAGUGAAUACAACAUGCUGUGGCAUGAGUGCAAGGUUUGGCUGAUUGACGUGAGUCAGUCAAUCGAGCCCAAUCACCCUCACAGCCAUGAGUUCCUAUUCAGGGACUGCAGGAACGUGGCCACGUUCUUCCAGAAGGGCGGGGUGUCUGAGGCCAUGAACAUGUACGAGCUCUUCAAUGUUGUGUCUGGGCUGCAGCUCAGUGGUGACAGCGAGGCAGAGUUCCUUGCCCAGAUUGAGGCACUGGAGAAGAUGAAUGAGGACCACGUGCAGAGAAGGGGCAAGAAAAUGUACAACUUCAGCGACGGAGGACCUCCCCUAUUACACGACGAUGAUUAACAAUGAGAUAUUAGACACCAUGAAUAGCUACAUGGAACCUGUUUGGGUGAUUGCUUGAGAGAAUGGGUCGAGUAAACCCCCCCAUGGUCUCAGUGAGGUAUGCAAGAGGUCGAAAGGUCGCUGCAUCCUAAGAUGGUGUCAUAGGCUUCAUUGGGCUAAAAGGGCUCCAAACCACCUUCCAUGAAAUGUCAACAUCUCAUUCCGUUACUACGGCUGUAAAUGGAAUGGAUGGGGAUGUCUGACGGGGUACAUGACAGACAAUGCAUCUACAUGCACACACAAUAAUUGCUUUUUAAAUUAGAGUAUUAGUAACCAGCAUUCAUGACAUUAUGAACAAGUUAUCUUCUCAAGUAAACUGAGCUCGAAUGAAAAGGGUUUUGCAUUAUGUUCUGAAUGAAACAAAUUGUCAUCCAACAUUUUGAUGGAGAGACCAAAGUAUCAGUGAAUAUUUUAAUCAUGAAAAGGUGCUGUCUUGACUGAAGACAGAAUGAGUUGUUUGCAUUGAGGUCUGUUGUUCUUACAAUGGAGCUGUCAUGUUUGUGUACUCUCUGUAAUUUCAAUAUUAUGGUGGAAAUAAAUGGUAAAAAUAA